AGAAGGAGGCAUUACGCCAGUCGACUGUAAACUUCCUAAGUGCACGUAGCGAAAAUGACUGAACCUCUCGAUAUGGAAGAUGUAAAUGCAGAAAAUAUAGAACUGCGUACUUCCGAAGCUUCAGAAGUAGCAAAGGAAAGAGGAGACGACGAAGAGAGGGGGGACUCAGACAAUCCAUUAACAGAGCAGAAUGCUGUGAGCGACGAAGUACCGGAAGAUCGAGAGAAGACAGGAGGAGCACUUGUAAUUGUGAAUUAUUUUGUUUAAUAAUUUCAUUUCUUUUCAUGAUUGUCGAUUAUAUUUUGGACGGAAUAAACACCUACACGUUCUACGCUAGUGGGGACACCGUGUUCUUUGUGCUGAGUCUCGUGUUCUCGGUCGGUCCUGCAUUGUUCCUUCACCUAAGCGCCACUAUUACGUUGAAACUCUCCUGGUGGAAGGCUCUGCUGUGUUUCCCCGUCGCUCCGUGGGUUCUAAUAUUGAAGGUCAUACGUCUCCAUAUCAAAGGAAAUAUGUCUGAGGAGCAAACAAAAUUUAAAGAGACUUUAAGCAAAAUGAAAGUAAUUGAAGGUUUUUUUGAGGCUGUGCCUCAGCUGUUCAUCCAAAUGACUGCUUUGAGAAUCGGCAUUCUUAAAGACUCAGUUAUUUUCUCGUAUAUGAAGAUGGUAAUCAGCUGCGUCACUGCCUCAUUUGCUCUUCUGUCUGUCUUCUGCGAGGGAAUGAGUUGGCUUCUUCAAGGAGUUUCUAUAGUCCUAGUGGCAAUGGUCUUAGGGUCGCGAGUCUUCGUGUGUGCGUCUCUGUUUUCCCUCGAUGGUCCCUUGCGCUACAUGGGCUUCCUUCCUCUACCGCUCAGUUUCCUUCUCGCAUGGGUCACCGACUACGUGUUCAGGAGGGAAGAAGUGUCUCCCCUCAGGGCAUAUAUAAAAGCUACCCUUCUGCCUCCUGAGGACAAGGCUGGCGGCAUGGCCUCCCUGGUGUACUGUGCUUUUGGGUUAGUCUUCUGGCUGCUCACUCUGUCUCGGCCCUUGAGUGUUCUUGUGUUUGUGGGCGUGACCGUCAUUCAUUUCCUUGGAGGAAUUGGGUGGAAGAUACUAACACAAUACGGACAUAAGUUUUGCAAGGGUAAGGGGAAGAAAUGUUCAUGCCUGACGUAAUAUUCUUCUGCCCGGUGGGUCUGUGCUUCCCUCCACUGUCAAAACCCAAAAGUCCCUUUGGAGCGCUAGCAUACCUCAACCAGGGGGGACCAUAUGGGAAAUCAGUUCCCUUAUAUAUAUGU